CACUGAGUUAUGGACUUUUCGGUAAUUUGACUUUAACUUGGUAACCGAGGCGGGAAGAAGAAAGAGCAGUGUAAAGCACAACCAAAUCACAAAGUGAAACACGAAUUUCCCAUUUUCAGCUUCUGCAACAAGCUUUUGCUCCUUUCUGCCUAUGCAAUGGCUCGAAAUCGGGAAGGAUUGAUAUUGUUACUCGAUGUUGGUCCAUCAAUGCACAAUGUUCUUCCUGAGAUUGAAAGAAUCUGUUCUAUGCUCAUACAAAAAAAGCUGAUUUACAGCAAAUCUGAUGAAGUUGGAAUUGUCGUGUUCGGAACUGAAGAAACUGUCAAUGAGCUGACGGUGGAAGUGGGUGGAUAUGAGCAUGUUCUGGUUUUACAGAAUAUGAAGGUUGUUGAUGGAGAUCUUGUUGAAGCGUUACACCAUCUUCCGCGAGGAACUGUUGCUGGUGAUUAUCUUGAUGCGAUUGUUGUUGGUAUGGAUAUGAUGAUAAAAAAGUAUCAACUGACAAACAAAGGAAAAAAGCGUCUGUGUCUUAUAACAGAUGCAGGAAAUCCUAUUAAAGAACCAUAUGAAGGAACCAAAGAAGAUCAAGUGAGCACUAUAGCUCUACAAAUGGCUGCACAUGGAGUUAGAAUGGAAACUAUUGUUGUCAGGGGCAGACCAAGCCAGGAUAUAGAUCAGAGAAUAGUGGAUGAGAAUGACCAUCUGUUGCAUCUAUUUUCGGAGAAAACAUCUGCUAAAACUGUAUACGUUGAAAGUCCAACUUCAUUGCUAGGUGCACUUAGAACUCGAAACAUUUCUCCAGUCACAAUUUUCAGGGGCGAUCUUGAAAUCAGUCCCAAAUUGAAGAUUAAGGUAUGGGUCUAUAAAAAAACCUCAGAGGAGAAGUUUCCCACUCUCAAGAAACGUUCUGAUAAAGCACCUCCAACUGAUAAAUAUGCCACACACGAGGUCAAAGUGGAUUAUGAGUACAAAAGUGUUGAAGAUCCUAAUAAGGUUGUACCACCAGAUCAAAGAAUCAAAGGUUAUCGAUAUGGACCCCAAGUGAUUCCUAUUUCAUCUGCUGAGUUGGAUGCUGUCAAGUUUAAACCGGAAAAGAGUGUGAAGCUUCUUGGUUUUACUGAUGCUGCAAACAUAUUGCGACACUAUUAUAUGAAAGAUGUCAACAUCUUCAUUGCUGAACCGGGUAAUAUGAGGGCUACAAUUGCUGUUUCUGCCUUAGCAAGAGCAAUGAAGGAGAUGGAUAAGGUUGCAAUUGUGCGAUGCGUUUGGAGACAAGGCCAGGGGAGUGUUGUUGUGGGUGUUUUGACACCCAACCUAUCUGAGAAAGACAAGACUCCUGAUUCGUUUUACUUCAAUGUGCUUCCUUUUGCUGAGGAUGUCCGAGAAUUUCAGUUUCCUUCUUUCAGCAAUUUUCCUGCCUCAUGGCAGCCGAGUGAACAACAGCAAGAGGCAGCAGAUAACCUUGUAAUGAUGCUCGACCUUGCAACACCUGGCAAAGAGGAAGUUCUUCUGCCUGACUUCACCCCAAAUCCUAUUCUGGAGCGUUUCUAUCAUCACCUUGAGUUAAAAUCAAAGCACCCAGAUGCAGCUGUACCUCCACUAGACAGAACUCUCAAGAAAAUAACAGAACCUGAUCCAGAGCUUCUUUCGGGAAACAAAUCUGUCAUUGAUGCAUUUUGUAGAAGCUUUGAGGUCAAGGAGAAUCCAAAGCGAAAAAAAUCAACCAGGCGAUUUUUGCGAGAGAAGCCAUCUGGCUCAGAUGAUGAUAGGGAUUAUGGAGAUUCAUCUAUUGCUCUAGCUAUCAAGUCUGGCGACGUUGAGAAAAUUGGGGAUUCAAAUCCUGUCCAGGAUUUUGAAGCCAUGUUGUCGCGUAGAGAUAACCCAGAUUGGGUUGGUAAAGCUAUUAAGGAUAUGAAGAAUAAGAUAUACAGCAUUGUGGAGAAUUGCUAUGAAGGGAAUAAUUAUCCUAGAGCACUGGAAUGUUUGGCUGCCCUUCGCAAAGGCUGCAUUCUAGAGCAAGAACCAAAACAGUUCAAUGAUUUCCUUCACGAUCUUUUCAGAUUCUGCCAGGGGAAAAAGCUUGGCAGUUUCUGUGAAUUUCUUGCAUCAAAGGAGCUCACAUUGAUUUCCAAGUCUGAAGCCAUAGACAGUGAGGUUACGGAUGAUGAAGCUAGAAGCUUUUUCGUUAAAAAGGAGCCAAAAAUCGAGUGAGAACAAGAGUUCCUGGUGUUAGGCAUAAAGUUCUGUGGCCGUUUUUAUGACGAAAAUCAUAUGUACAUGUACAGGCAUCAUAAUUUUGAUAAAACUUCUGAUUGCAUGUAAAUCUGAAGUUGGUUCGGCUGUUACAGGCUUUUACUCGGAACUGAAAAAAAAAAACAAUUAGUUCGUCA